UGACUGCGACUGCUAGGUCUCGUCCCUCUUGGAGGUGGCAAAGUAUCCUUCAUGGGCGUCAGUUAUUGGAGAGGGGUUUGAGAUGGCAGGUUGGUGAUGGCCAAUCGAUCUCCCUCCUUCAUUCUAACUGGAUUUCUAGGUACCAACUUGAUCCCCCAAGCUAUAAUCCGCGGCUCUUGCCUGAGGGGGGGGGGGGGGGGGUAAUCCUUUGGUGGCGGAGGUUAUUUGUGAGGGGGGAGGGAGUUGGUCGGAUGAGAAGCUCAGUCAAUGGUUCGACCCGCCCACUUGUAAGGCUAUUAAAGCUAUUACUCUCCCACGUUGGGACAUGCCUGAUAAGCUUAUCUGGCAUUUUACGGAUGACGGGGUCUUCUCGGUCAAGUCGGCCUAUCAUUUGGCUGUCGAUUUGGACAGGACGAGGAGUGGGUGGCGGUCCUCGGUUACCUGGAUGGAUAAGCUGAGUUGGAUUAGAGUUUGUGAGGCGAAGAUCCCUCCAAAGUUGAAGGUUUUUGUUUGGCAAAUUCCUAAUCGGGCUCUGCCGACUACGGAGGCGCUUAUUGAGAAACAGGUCCAGGUGUUACCUCGGUGUCCAGUUUGUUGGGAUGGCCUGGAGACAAUGGAACACCUGUUCCUUUAUUGUCCGGUUGCACAGGCCCUCUGGGAUUAUUCUGGGCUGGAUUACUUGGGGGAGGGUUUGCCUAGACAUACUUUUCCUUUGUUUCUCAAACGUUUGUUGGGAUUGAUCAAUCAACCGUCUGUGGUUAUGGCUGUUGUUGCCAUCCUUUGGAGGAUCUGGCGAUCUCGGAAUUGGGUAGUCUUUGAAGGCAAACAAUUUGGGAUCCCGACGCUCAUGCGACAGUUUAACCAACAAUAUGAGGAAUGGGUGGGUCUACCAACGGACCAGGCGCCUAGGACUCCAAUCCCGAUAAUGCACUCUACAACAAAUGUGAGUGAUUCCCAUUUGGUUUGCAUGUGGGACGGAGCUACUAAGGGUGGGUCACACUCGACUGGUGGGAUGGUUUUCUUUUACCCAAUGCGGACACUCCUUCUGGCUAGAGAGGUCAAGUUUUCUCAAAUGGAUGAUCCUGUAGUGGUGGAACUGCUUGUGCUUAGGGAAGCUAUUAUUUGGUGUUUGGAGCAAGGUUUUUCGGAGGUCUGAUUUGAGGGCGAUGCAAAGGUGAUUAUUGACAAAAUUAAUCAAGCCGAAACAAGAGAUAGCCGGUUGGGUGCGGUUCUGGAAGAGAUUGCUCAUUAUUUUCGUACUCAGCCUGGUUUUAGUUUGCGUUUUGUAGGCCGGGAGAACAAUAGGGUAGCUCAUUUGGUAGCUAGGAAAGCCCUCUCUUUGUAUCCGACUAUGAGUCGCUUCUUUGAUUUCCAGACCUGGCUGGCUUCCAGGGUGUAACUGUCUAUUUUUUCGAUCAAUACAUGAUAUCUUUAAAAAAAAAAGGGGGCAUAAUUAUCUUUUUAGAAUGUAUAAAAGGAUAGUAAUGGGGAAGAAACCCUAGCCGCACACUCCCUUCUUUCUUUCCCGUACUUCUUCUCGCCUAUCUCUUUUUUCUUUGCAGAUAAAAAAACUGAACACACACCCUCUGGGAAUCAGCGAAUAGAAGAAAACCAGUGAUGACAAUGGGUUGGGCGGGUACCUCAAUACUCAUGCCACGUCCCACGCUAGUAUGGGUCGGGCGAGUAACACCUGCGCGGGUACGAGGUGGGGCGGGUCGACUCAUUCUUACAUGUUAUUUGAGAAAAAUACACACACAAUUUUACUUUUUAUGAUAAAACGAAGGGGAAAAGACUUGAUGAAUGAAUAAUAGUGAUAAUAUAAUAAGUAAUUGAGUCUAUUUAGUUGAAAUAUCAAGUCUAACUAGUUGAAUAAAAGCCAAAUUAGGAGAUAUAUGAGUGGAUGGGGUAAAAAAUUGACCUAGAACGGGUUAAGAAUUGGGCGGCGCGGGGCAGGACAGGGCGGGUCGGAAGUUGAUACCCAUGCGUUGCCCCACGCUAAUGCAGGUCGGGUAAUACCUGCCCCAUCGUGGGUCAGGUCGGGUAUUACCCAGCGGGGUGGGUUCAAAUUGCCAUCCCUAAAGAAAACACAGUCUCUAUUUUCCUUCACUCUCGAACCCUAGCCACCACCUCUUCUCAGCUCUUUUCCGUCCAACUAAAAUAGAUGGGGAGGGGUUGAGAUGGCGGCAACAUCGAUGCCGACCAACGAUGCUUCUCUUUUAAUCAUCCUCCCAUCGAUCUAAUGGGGAAGCCACCAUAUAGGAUCCUUAGCACGAACGACCAAAGAUUCAUUGUUCACAAAAUAGUCUCUUCUGCCAUUUGAUGUGCUUCGUUUGAACCGAGAAGACGAGAAGAUUGUAGCUGGUGAGUGUUUAGUGGUGUGUGUGGGGGGGUGGGGGGGAGUUGUUUCCUUCAUCGAGUGUGAUGUUUUGUCUAUUUUGAGUGGUUAACUUAACCUCCCUUAUCGGUUACUAAUCAGUUAACCUCUAACUGUCGGUUAUUAACCAUUUAUGACUUGGUAACCCGAUAAAGAAUUUUGAGCUUCCAUUAAAUGACACACAUUCUCCUUUGCGAUUAAUGAUUAAACUGUUAACAAAAUUACGGUUUAUCACCCCUAGCGGCUAGCGCUGCAUACAUUUUCUUCACACGCCUCCAUAAGCUAGCAAACACAUGUUGUGCACUUGGAUAACAAAUCAUUAAUAAAUUGAUCAACUGAUAAAAAAAAAGUUAUGUGAAAAUAUUUGGUAGUUGUUAUUCUGUGUUAGCAUGAAGAAGCUAGAGUCAUGAUUUCAAUAUCUUAUGAACAACAUGACAAUCCAUUUUAUGUGUUUAGCAUGUUCAGUUAAAGACCGGAUUGGUCAUUUGACAGAUGCAUUGGGGUUGAAAUAUCUUUUGCUGAGUUUUAUGAAAAAUCAAUAAUUUUUUUAUGUAAUACAACUGCCAAUGUCAUGUUGUGAAAAUCAAUGGUUCCUUCAUUAUUACAUUAUUCAUAGUAAUAAUUUCUCUUUAUAGCUACAACCAAUGUGUUAAAUAGAAAAACUUGAAUGAAUAAAAUUAUUUAAA